AGAAUACCCAUGAUCAAAAAAUUUGAAGGUUUUUGCUGAGGAGGUGACGUGUAGCUUCUGCAGUUUGGCAUGCGUCCAGGCCCACCUGCUCCGGGAUCUCAGGGUCCUAUAGUGACUCGGCGAGUUGGCGGCAAUGCCAUCGGAGGAUCCAAUUCCAAGGCAUUGCAAUCUUCCACUUCCAGCUCCUCUCGAUUGAAGCCAACCAUUCGGCAGACCAUUGAAUCGAUUACAAGCACAGGAAGCCAAGCUGAGUACUUCAGACCUGAACAAACCAUCAUCUUGUUCGAUUGGGAUGACACCCUUUGUCCUUCCAACUGGAUCCGAGAGAAUCGGCCAGCCUUGAGCUUUUUCAAGCCUUGUCCUCCGGACGAAAAGUACCAGAAACCUUUGCGAGAGCUUCAAAGGCAUGUGGAGGCGACUUUACAGCUUGCCAUGAAGAUGGGCAAGGUCAUCAUUGUGACGAAUGCCAUGGAACCUUGGGUGGAGACCUCGUGCCGGAACUUUCUGCCGGCCUUGAUGCCGAUCGUGUCUCAAAUCCAAGUGAUUUAUGCGCGGUCUGUCUUCGACACUAUGACCUGUGAUGCUGCAAAGGUUCAUGCAGCUCCGGGCCGGGCUCUCCCUGGACUCUAUGCAGCCAAUGGCGCUAACAAGUUGGCCAACGGGGGCCAGCGAGCACCGCAGCAGAUUGAUGAGAUGGCACCACAAAGAUGGAAGGAGAUAGCAUUUGAACAAGAGAUCUCUGGCUUCUACUCUCGCUACGCACACCAAAGCUGGAAGAAUGUCAUCUCCAUCGGAGAUUCCAUAUUCGAACGUGAUGCUGUUCGGCGGGUUGUCAUCAACCGCCCCACAGCAAACCGGAAAUGCCGGACCAAAACGGCGAAGCUGCUCGAUGAGCCCGAAAUUGACGAGCUCGUGGCUCAGGUGAAGGUAGUCCAUGAUGCCCUCGGCCUGAUGGUGCAGUAUGAUGGAAACCUCGACAUCGAAAUUGACGAGGACGACCUGAAGCUGGACCUGUCCUUGGCAGAGAAGAUCAUGGACAGAUGAAUGGAGAAUCGACUUGGACCGCGUCGACCGUCUCUCGUCACUGUAGCCUUUGAGCUUUUGAUGUUUUUUGUGCAGCGCGGGCGAAGCCUUGUGCACAGUAAUCCCAUUGGGGUGGCAAUCAGACUUGUGGCAUUGUCAUGCUUUAAGCAUGGCGAGUCACAAGAUUGUUGGAGAGGUUACAAAGAACCUCAUUUGACAUGCUUUGACCCUAUUGAUGAACCA